AUGUCGUCUUCCGUCCGAUUGCUUGUCUGCUCGAUAGGAAAUCCUGGAUCAUACCUCAAUACUCUCCAUUCAGCAGGGCACAGCGUGCUGUCCGUCGUCGCAUCGGCACUCUCCUAUCCUCCCUUCCAAAAAUCACGAGCUUUUGGCAAUGGACUCGUGUCUGCGGGUUCGAAGUUCACGCUCUGGCAGUCCACCUCUCUGAUGAAUGUUUCUGGCGCAGGCGUGGCUUCAGCAUGGCGACAAUUCCAAAAGGAGAGCAGAGGAGAGUCUAUACGAUUGGUUGUGGUGCAUGAUGAGCUUGAAUUGGGCUUAGGGCAGGUCAAAGUCAAGAGCGGAUCUGCGAGUGCGAAAGGACAUAAUGGACUGAAGAGUAUCAAUGGAUUGUUGAAAGGAAGCGACUACACGAGAAUUGGAGUUGGAAUUGGGAGACCGGAGAGUAGAGAUUCUGAUGCCGUUGCCUCAUAUGUUCUGAGAAAGAUGAAUGGAGCAGAGAAGUCGAAAAUAGAAGGCUCUGCUGGAAAAGUGGUUGAGGAAUUGAGGAGAUUGAGUGAGGGUUGA